GAGCGCCGCCGCACCCCCCCUCCCCUGCGCUCUCCUUUCCCUGCUGCUCCCUCCCUUUCUUCCACCUCUGCCUCCUCCGCAGCCGGACCAGCUCCCUCCCACCUCUGGCGCCCCAGAGACCCUCGAGAUCCCGCGCACACUUCCCCACCCACCCCGGACCGGACAGGAAAAGGAAAAAGCGACCCGGAGGAGGAGAGAGGGGGCCGGGAGGGGGUGGGUCACUCGCGGGGUGACCCGAACCCGCGCUCCCCGGUUCCUCCCGACGGCUCGGGAGGGGGGAGGGGGGAGGAGGCCGCGUAGCCCCCCUCCCCGGUGCCGACUCCCCCUGGCGGCCGCUCCCAUGGGUGUCGCGGGGCCGCGCCAUGCCUAAGGGGGCGCCGCGAUGGGCCAAGGGGACGAGAGCGAGCGCAUCGUGAUCAACGUGGGCGGCACGCGCCACCAGACGUACCGCUCGACGCUGCGCACGCUGCCCGGCACGCGGCUGGCCUGGCUGGCCGAGCCCGACGCCCACAGCCACUUCGACUAUGACCCGCGCGCCGACGAGUUCUUCUUCGACCGGCACCCGGGCGUCUUCGCGCACAUCCUGAACUACUACCGCACAGGCAAGCUGCACUGCCCGGCCGACGUGUGCGGGCCGCUCUACGAGGAGGAGCUGGCCUUCUGGGGCAUCGACGAGACGGACGUGGAGCCCUGCUGCUGGAUGACGUACCGGCAGCACCGCGACGCCGAGGAGGCGCUCGACAGCUUCGGCGGCGCGCCCCUGGACAACAGCGCCGACGACGCGGACGCCGACGGGCCCGGCGACUCGGGCGACGGGGAGGACGAGCUGGAGAUGACCAAGCGCCUGGCGCUCAGCGACUCCCCGGACGGACGCUCCGGCGGCUUCUGGCGCCGCUGGCAGCCGCGCAUCUGGGCGCUCUUUGAGGACCCCUACUCAUCCCGCUACGCGCGGUAUGUGGCCUUCGCCUCCCUCUUCUUCAUCCUGGUCUCCAUCACCACCUUCUGCCUGGAGACGCACGAGCGCUUCAACCCCAUCGUGAACAAGACGGAGAUCGAGACCGUCCUGAACGGCACGCAGGUGCGCUACUACCGGGAGGCAGAGACGGAGGCCUUCCUCACUUACAUCGAGGGCGUCUGCGUGGUCUGGUUCACCUUCGAGUUCCUCAUGCGCGUCAUCUUCUGCCCCAACAAGGUCGAGUUCAUCAAGAACUCGCUCAACAUCAUCGACUUUGUGGCCAUCCUGCCCUUCUACCUGGAGGUGGGCCUCAGCGGCCUGUCCUCCAAGGCGGCCAAGGACGUGCUGGGCUUCCUGCGGGUGGUGCGCUUCGUGCGGAUCUUGCGCAUCUUCAAGCUCACCCGCCACUUUGUGGGCCUGCGGGUACUGGGCCACACCCUGCGGGCCAGCACCAACGAGUUCCUGCUGCUCAUCAUCUUCCUGGCCCUGGGCGUCCUCAUCUUCGCCACCAUGAUCUACUACGCCGAGAGGAUAGGGGCCCAGCCCAACGACCCCAGCGCCAGCGAGCACACCCACUUCAAGAACAUCCCCAUCGGCUUCUGGUGGGCCGUGGUCACCAUGACGACGCUGGGCUACGGAGACAUGUACCCGCAGACGUGGUCGGGCAUGCUGGUGGGGGCGCUGUGUGCGCUGGCGGGUGUGCUGACCAUCGCCAUGCCCGUGCCAGUCAUCGUGAACAAUUUCGGCAUGUACUACUCCUUAGCCAUGGCUAAGCAGAAACUACCAAAGAAAAAAAAGAAGCAUAUUCCACGGCCGCCGCAGCUGGGAUCUCCCAAUUAUUGUAAAUCUGUCGUAAACUCUCCACACCACAGUACUCAGAGUGACACAUGCCCGCUCGCCCAGGAAGAGAUUUUAGAAAUUAACAGAGCAGAUUCCAAACUGAAUGGGGAGGUGGCGAAGGCCGCGCUGGCGAACGAAGACUGCCCCCACAUAGACCAGGCCCUCAGCCCCGAUGAGGGUCUGCCCUUUACACGCUCGGGCACCCGCGAGAGAUACGGACCCUGCUUCCUCUUAUCAACCGGGGAGUACGCGUGCCCGCCUGGUGGAGGAAUGAGAAAGGAUCUUUGCAAAGAAAGCCCUGUCAUUGCUAAGUAUAUGCCGACAGAGGCUGUGAGAGUGACUUGACCAGGCGGCUUGGCCCAGGACACUGGUGGCUAUUAAGCAGCUGGGUGGACCUGCAGCCCCUCCUCACCCUCGGACAGAGUAAAUUCACGCCAUGCAGGUUUGCCGGACGAGGCCGAGGGGGCCCAGGCCUUGUGCUAGGACGGACGUAGCUUUUUCUACGGCCAAGUGGUAACUGACCGUAGAGGAUUUCGUUUCUUUCUUUUCUUUCUUCUUCUUCUUGUUCUUCUUCCUCUUUAUUCCCUCCCCCCUUCAGUUUCAUUUUAUUUGGGGAGGGGGGGCGCGGAGGGGUUCCUUAGCAUGACUUGCAUGAAGUUAAACAGAAAACCUACCCCCACCCUCCACCCCUGCAACUGUAUGAUCAUUCUCAACAACAACGAAAAGACUAAAGCAAAAGUCCUCUAUUUUUUCGCCAAGCUCUUUCACACGUGGUGUGGGAGCCAAACUUUAAAGGCGCUCAGUAGCAACCUGUACAUUUGGGGGGGA